GCAAGAAAUGCAUGUUUACGAUAAAAGAAAUAAGAAACGGCCUUUCUCCAAGCGUAACACUUUAGCGUAGCCUAGGCCUUGCUUUCACCCAUUCACCCAAUCUGCAAGUAGCGGGCCGUUCCGUCGUUCGCGAAGCAUUCACUUCCUGGAUCGGCGGUCAUCGGCUUAGAUCCGCGCAGGAUCGUUCGAACCUAUGUACGUGUACGUGCUCGGUAUCAACCCAGGUAUUCUGGGCCACCAUGUUGUGUCUUCGCUAUUCGAUCAUUCUGACGUUUGCUUCUUGUCCGAUUUCGGUUUUGUGUUUCGGGACAUCCGAUGACGAUUAUCACGAAUGUGUGCGUCCGUGUUCCGACGAAACAUCCUUUUUGAAAAAGAAGUGCGUUUAUCGUUUCUUCGUUGCAGAAGCACACGACGCAACGAGUAGCUUCUGCGACAAAUGUGAUGACAAGGAUGAUGUUUCCACAUGUUCAAACAUUACCAUGGGAAGGAGCCUCUUGACAAUUAACGGAAAGAGUCCGGGACCAGCUAUACAAAUUUGUUUGGGCGAUACGAUAGAGGUUCUCGUUUACAACAAAUUAGGAAGCCACGAGUUAACUUUCCAUUGGCACGGAAUCCGGCAAAAAGAUUCCAAUUACAUGGAUGGUGUGCCUAUGAUAACACAGUGUCCUAUUUUACCCUUUAGUGGCUUUCGUUACAAAAUACAUCCUGAUAGCGCAGGAACAUAUUUUUAUCACGCUCAUUCAGUCUCGCAACAGGGUGACGGGGUGUACGGGUCGUUGACAGUUCGAGGACCACGGGACGACCCUAGUCUGGAAAGGAUACUUUUACUGUCAUCAAGGCCGUCGAGUCCACUGACACGACAAUCGCGUCUAUAUCCACCUACGCCGGACGGACUCCUCGUAAACGGCCAGGCACGGGAGGUAAUCGUACGAGUGAAACAUGGCCUUCGCUAUUUGCUACGUCUCAUUAACGCGAAUGCUCCCAAUUGUCCGAUUUUAUUAUCCGUCCAUGGACAUUCGCUUCAAGUUCUGGCUGCUGAUGGCAACCCUGUACAAUCGAUGACAGGCACGCAUGUCAUUUUAUUCCCAGGUACUCACGGACUUUGGGACGGUCCGGGCAACAGUGGGACGCGCGUCGGCAUGGAGUGGACCCGCGACAAGACUCUCGAGUUACUGCGCGAAUAUCAGCAGCGGCGCGUCCUCUGGGAUUGGAAUGCCCGUGGCUAUCGGGACCGUGCGAAACGGAAACGAGCUAUCGAGGAGCUCGCCGAGAUUCUCUGCUGCAAUACCCUCGAAGUCGAGAAGAAGAUCACGAACCUCAAGUGUCAGUACUCGCGAGAGGUACACAAGAUUCAGAACAGCCGCGAUACCGCCACAGGUCCGGACGACGUAUACGUCUCCAAGUGGUUCGCCUUCAAAGCCAUGCAGUUUCUACAAUUUGGCACGCGUAGAUACAGCAAGCGCAAGAAGAGAGUCGAGGAAGAAUCAAAGCUGCAAGAAGAGUACAUCGUCAGCAAUAUCGAUCCGGAAAGCAUAACGUUCAUCGAUUGCAACGAGGAGACAAACGGCUCCGGUACAGGCUCCUUCAACGCCUCACUCAGCGAAGACGCCGAGGAAUCUUCGUCAUCCAGCUUAAAGGCGAUCGAGUCGUGGAGCGGCUCUCUGCCGAGUCAAGACAGCUCACCCGUCGAUCUUGACGAGUCCGGCCAGACGAAGCUCGAAUCCGGCGUUCCGGACGAGAAGGAACGAAAAAAGACAAAAGAGGAAUUUGCAAAGUUCGGCGAGAGCAUCGCCGUGCAGCUCGCCGAGAUUCCAGAUUCGUACUCGAGAUCGGUCGCCAAACUCAGGAUCAACCAGAUCCUCUUCGAGGCGGAGAUCGGGGUCUACGCACAAACGCGUGAAAGACUCGAUUGUACACUGACGGCGGAGCAAGCGAUCGGCAAGUACGCGCUCGACGUACAGGGCCUUCAGGAUUGUCGGAACUGGAGUCACGAGGCACACGUCGUUUACGAGGACGCGGAACUGGCGUCGUACACGAUAAGGAGCACCGUUGAUCGAUUGGACGAACGUGAACUAGAAAUUGCCGAAAAUGGUCACUACUGUCACAGGUUGUCGAAAAACGUGAUUUGUUCCUCGGAUCUAAAAAGUGCUGAGCGAUCAGGAUCGGAAGAACAAGUGGACGAAACGAUUUAUGUGCCCUUCGAUACGAAUGCCUUUUCAUUUUUUACGGAUGAGAUGACGGACACCUCGUACAACUUUUACGCGUGGAGAUAUUAUCCAGCAUACUUGAGUUUGACGAAAGGCGUGAUAAAAAUACCCCAGAUCAAUGGCAUGUCUUUCAAGUAUCCAUCAUCUCCCAUACUGUCGCAACCAGAGAGCACGCCGAAAAAGUUGAUCUGUUCGAUGGAGGAACGAUCGAGCGAAUGCGCCGAAACGCCAUUGUUCUGCGAGUGCGUGCAGCUGAUGGAAGUUGCACCGCGAAAAACGAUCGAAAUCGUACUCAUAGACGAAGGUUUUGGAGGCAACACGUCCCAUACAUUUCACGUGCACGGUUACAAUGCUAAGCUCACUGGUCGGGGAAGCUUCGAGAAACCCAUCAGCAAAGACAAAAUCGUAUCUUUGGAUCGUGAUGGGAAAAUACAACGUAAUGUGAAAAAUCCAGUGCGGAAAGAUACUUUCACGGUACCAAACAAGGGUUACAUUAUUCUUCGUCUAUAUACUGAUAAUUUAGGAUACUGGUUAUGGGAAGCGAGAAGUACCGCUAUGUAUCCUCAAUUGCUCGGUCCUGGUAUGCAAUUCUUAAUGAAAGUGGGUCUUGACCGAAACUUGCCGCUUGUACCGAUCGACUUUCCUAGAUGUGGGAACAACAAAGGAAUGGAUCUGAUCUUCGAGCCGAGUUAAAAAGACUAACAGACUCUCCAUUUGUUUACUCUCAAUGUACGAAAGUCAUGUUAUGAACAGAAAGAAUAAAAGAGAAAGAUACAUGUAA